AUGGCUAAUCGUAAAACAGUACCAACCAAUAUUGAAGAAACACCAUCAGCAGUUCCUGGAAGUAGCAGCGAUCUUGCUUCUACAAUUCUUCGAAUCUUUGGUUUUGGUCCCGAUAAAACAACGACGACCACAACACCAGCAACAACUGUAGCCAUAACUACACAAACAGUUCCCCGUGCCGUAUGUCCAUUUGGUGCUGAUCCACUAAUACUCUCCGGUGAAUAUGCUUACUGUAAACCAUCUUCGGUUGGUGACUGCCCAGUGGGAUUCCUCUGUGAUCAAAGUUUUGUACUCGGCAGAUCAAUUUGUUGUCAAGAUCUUCGUAGUCGUCCUGGAUCUGUACCAUCAAGUAGAGGAACAACAUCUGUACGUCCACCAUUCAGCUGGAACACUGUAACUCCAACUCAAACUAGAUGGGUACCAUACACAACUAUGCCAACUCGACGUGCGCCAUGGUACAUCAAGGAUAGCAAUGCACUAUGCGUAUUUACUUCAGGAACUGCAAUAAUUAAACUUGAAAAGCAACUUGACAUUUUCAGAACUCCAUGGACCAACAAUAUUUACAAUCGAAUUACUGAAACUCCAACAACAACCACUGUAGUAACGACAACACCAACCACAACGACAUCGACAACCACCACCUCAACAACCACUACAACUACGACAACCACCACACCGACAACCACUACAACCACAACUGAGGCGACAACUACAACAACACCACCAACCACCAAGGCUCUGGCAACAACGGCAGCUUCACUGAAGCCACUUAACCCAUGGGCCAGAAUCUGGUCUACCACCGCAGCUCCACGUAAUAACGUUAACGUUUCUGUGCUACAGUCAGGCAGCAUUCGUCCGCUAAAGGAUAACCAGUUUGAAACAGCUGGUGCUAUAACCCUCAUCAACGACAACGGAAUGCACGUCCUCGUCGAUACUGGAGCACCUAGUGAUACUGAGCGCCUUCUCCAAAGUUUAUCGAAAGAAGGUGUAACUUUGGAUGAAAUUGAUACGGUGGUUAUUACACAUGGUCAUCCAGGACAUAUGGGUAACAUGAACUUUUUCGGCCAAAAACCAAUUCUUUUCCACUCUAUUGAAUACAUAGGUCGACAAGUCAUUCCAACUGAACUUAAGGAUAGACCGUAUAGGAAGCUUUCAACAAACAUUGAAGUUUGGAAAACACCUGGACACACUCAACAUGACCUUAGUGUUCUGGUUCACAACGUUGCUGGCUAUGGAUCAAUGGCUGUUGUCGGUGAUCUAAUACCAUCGGAAUCUUUGGUCUCCGAAAAGAUUGAUGUAAUGGCUGAAGAAGGCGUGUGGGAUUCAGCUAUCAAGCGUCAGAAUGCAAACUUGAUCGUAUGUAUGGCUGAUUGGAUUAUUCCUGGACAUGGACAACCAUUCCGGGUACUGCCACAAUACAGACAAAAAGCAGGAUGCACUCGUUUGCUUGCUCAAAAACAUCUGUUGAACCAGUAA